AUGUGGCGAGGGAUGAACGAGAAGGGUAAAGGGCAGGCUGGCGAGGUUAUUUCCCACCCCCAUCUGAUAUUCGUCGACAACGACACUUUGGAUGCUAAUCACUAUGACGCACUAAUCGUAGGAGGCGACAUUCCUAAUCUAUUGAAACCCAUUUGUAAGAAACAUCCCCUUCCUCAAAAGGGAUACGGAAUGCAGACAGUUAUUCACUGUGGUACAAAAAGUAUGUACGAAAGUAUGGCAAAUAUGCAGAUUCGUUUUGUAAUCAUGGAUACACCACAAUCCUUAACGAGGUUGAAGCUUUAUCCAAGAAGUAUUGUCAAAGUUUUUAGAACUGCUGCUCCUUUAGCUAGGGUUACCCAACCGACUGAUAUAAGGAACUGUAGUGUUUUUGAAUUGGUAGAAAUCAACCAAACGAAAGGAAAACCCAUUUUCAGUAUUACUCCAGAGGAAGGCAUAGUCUUCGUUCACGACUUCCUACAACUGAAGAAAAAGGCUUCAGAAUAUAUCAGUUUGAACAUUUCAUGGUUCAGACAAAAUCAAAGAGAAUAUGACGAACUCCAAGUUAGAAUUGUUGAAGAACCUAACAAAACAUGUGAUAAUAUGGAGUACUUUGAUAGUUGGGUUACUUGUGCAGAAUAUGGAACACCGGAAGAAUGCCUAAGGAAAAACAGUUGUGGAAUUUCAACUGGUGGAUCACCUAGUGUCGAAUUGAGAAGAGGACCAGAAAGAUGCAUGUGGAGAGGAGAUGUCAUAUCCUCAAAUAUAACCCAUUUGUAUUCCACGUGUUCUCCAGAUAUCAGAACGUGUCCGGACGGGAUCUGCGAUUCUCUAGAAAUGCUGCAUGAUUCAAUCUGUCCGCAGGACUGUACUACUCAGCCUGUUGUUCCUCUGAAAAUAAACAAAAUGACAGGAAGAGGGGUAGACGUUGCUAGUGGUACUGUGGUAUGCUCCCGUGUGAACUGUUAUUCAGUGAAGUCGAAGAAAGGAAGAAACAAUAACAGAAAAGAGUCCAAGGAUAAGGAAAAGAAACAUUCAUUGCUGACGCAAACACAUGCAAAUGGUUCAGUCAGUCAUUUGAAUUUCAAUUCUACACACGAAAACAUCACUGCUGGAAAAUUCAGUCUCGACAUUGGCAAAUGUGGAACUAUGUGCAUCAUGGGAGUGGGAGUUGGAACCUUAUUUUUGGCUGGUUCUAUAGCUUUCAUAGUAAUAUGCUAUAAACUGGACAGGACAAAUAAAGCUGUUCGAAAGAAGAUCGAAGAAGAUAAUCAGGAAAUGACAGCUCCUUUAUCCAUCUCUGGUCCAGGAAAUGUUCACAAUGAUCCGCUUGCAUUCAGUUUCAAUAUUACGACUCCUAUGAAUGAUACCACUUUUAUCAAUAAUAUCAUCAAUAAGUUUACGCCUGAUCCCAAAUGGGAAUUUCCCAGAUCACAACUUGUCAUAAUGCAAACCCUUGGAGAGGGAGAGUUUGGUCGUGUUUUGAAGGCGAAAGCACUGAACAUAGCCGGACAAACAGGUCAUACAACAGUUGCUGUGAAGACACUGAAGGAUGAUGCGAGAGAAUCGGAACUCAAUGACCUCCUCUCCGAAUAUCAACUACUCAAAGAAGUCUCUCACCCUAAUGUGAUUCGACUUCUAGGAGUUUGCACUGAACCAGAAGGACCCGUGUAUCUCAUUAUAGAAUAUGCAGAGCAUGGAUCACUGAGAAACUAUCUGCGGCGUAGCAGAAAACUCCAACAAGAUUUCAUCAAUGACAAGUCACCACUAGCCCCGAAGGAAAAUGAUGAAUUCAAUUACGAUGAACCAAAAACCAGUGACAUCACGCCAAAUACUCUUCUUUCUUUUGCAUGGCAAAUAUCUAAUGGGAUGGCAUAUCUUAGUGAUAUAAAAUUAGUACAUAGAGACUUGGCUGCAAGGAACGUAUUAUUAGCUGCCGACAAAGUAUGCAAAAUAUCUGAUUUUGGUUUAACUCGAGAUGUUUAUGAAGAUAAUGCUUAUUUGAAACGGAGCAAAGGAAGAGUUCCUGUAAAAUGGAUGGCCCCAGAAUCUUUAGCUGACCACAUUUAUACUACAAAGUCAGAUGUUUGGAGCUUUGGUGUUUUGGUUUGGGAACUAGUGACUUUGGGUGCAACUCCUUAUCCCGGAAUCGCCGUUCAGAAUCUGUACCACCUCCUGCGUCAGGGUUAUCGGAUGGAAAGACCCAAUAACUGCUCGCCAGCAUUGUACAAAAUAAUGAGACACUGCUGGCAAAUAGACCCGGAGAAGAGACCUACAUUCCAAGAGUUGAGCAAAUGUUGGGAGAGACUUCUAGAAGACAAAAUGGAAUACAUAAAUCUGUCCAGUAAUGCAAUACAUAACAGAGGAUACUUUCUCUCUCCAUUCGAAGAAGAAAAUUCCCCUAAAGAGUCUCCAACUUCCGACAUCAGUCCAUUGAACUACCUGUCAAGAACCCAAUCUUACGAGAAAUGUGGUUCAAUAGAGAAGGCAUUGGAGGCAGAACUACAAAAAAUCACUAAUACACAGAAUACCACCCAGGGAUAUGAGACUCCUGUCAAAGUUCCAAGGAAAGUGAAAACACCAAGCAAUGAGAAUCCAGAAGAAUAUACUGAUAUGUGCGGAAAAUCAUAGCUCGAUUAUAACUAGAUGCAAAUAUGAUUGGCAUCAGCUUUGGGAUUUGGAGAAGUGAAACACAGUUGUGGAAAUCCUCAAGGUCAACAAGGGAAGAAGGAUUAAUAUAUUUUCCUGACCAAGAGAUGAGAUAUCAUUUGAAAGUAUAUCAUUCAGCUUUUUGCUAUAACCAACUCCAUGCAUAUGUUUUUUGAACUAUAUAUUUGUUUAAAAAAAUCAAAAAUCGAUGAUAGCUACAAAGUCAUUUUUCAGUAAUGUU